AUGUCCGUUGAAAACUAUGAAGAAACCCCGCUCCUCGGCAAGAAGCCGCGCGCCACCUCUUCGGCGUGGCCCACGAUGAAGAGCAUCGCCGUCGGCGCGCUUUGCGUCACCGCCGGUUUCGCCGGCACGCUCGUUGUGACUGGUCGUUCCUCGACCGCGAAUUCGAGUGCGGCGCUCGGUGUGCCGUCGAGUGCGGCGCUGGGUGUGCCACGUGUUAAUGCUAACUACUAUCCUAAGACUCCCGCUACACCGACGACAACAGUCAGUCAGGUGAACUUAGCGAUGUCGCAUGACUCAGGCUGCAACCCGGGCGACUACGCGAAAGGCCCCAACAAGAUUAACGCGAACCACGGCGCCGUGACUCAGGGCGUAACGCUGGAGAAGCAAUACCAAGCAGGAGUGCGUGUCUUCGACAUCCGCGUCACAGAUGACGCGCACCUCUUUCACCAAUGGUUAGGGAUGGAUUACAAAUUCGGAGUGCUUGAUAGGAUUACGGACCUUGGAGCUGCAGCCAGAGCAGCAAACGACAUCUGCAUCAUCAAAUUGAAGGGAAGCGCAAGACAAGUACAAUCCGUAGAGAAUGCGCUCGGCAGAAUGACGUCCAACGCCGACACUGCGAGGGGCAAUGGCAAGUACUUAGCCACCGCGAAAGAGCACACAGAUUUCGACUCCAAAAAAACAAAAAUCAACGACAUCAAAGGCAGGUGCUUUGUUUUCCCUGACGAUAGGUUCAAGGCCGCCAUGAAUGCUAAGAAACUUGAAUCGGGUCAAUUCCGUAAAAUUAUGGGGGGGGAUCGCUCUUUUGGCACAAUUCAAAAGGUGUUUGAUUUGCACAAGGCACAAUGCAAAGGCGGGAACGUCGUCCGCGCUGGAUUCACCAACACUGGGGUCUUCAAUUCUCCCCUCUGCAUGUCCUACAAGGACCAAGCCGCCAUCUCAACCAAACUCAAUGAAAUUUUGGCAAAUAAAGCAUGCAGUACUAUUUUCUCCACGGACGGUGUUGAAUCGAUGAUCGGUGUCCCGGACGCAGGCAUCGUAUCACAAUGCAAUGUGCAGAAUCACGAAAACAACGCCGAAGCAGCCGCGGAAGAGACUGAAUAUACUUCGCCGGAAAACCCCCAAAUCGAAACAGGAAAGACUGCUGCAUGA